AUGUCGUCCGAGUCGCGACUGUUGUACGUCGUGUACGCGGGUGUCGCGGUCACCGUGCUCAAGGAGAUGAACACCUUUGUUAUGGAGCCUUACAUGGACGAACCAUUCCACAUUCCUCAAGCGAUAGCAUACUGCAAGGGCGAAUGGUCGACCUGGGAUCCCAAGAUAACCACCCCUCCCGGCUUAUACAUAUGGAGCGUCCUCCUGCACCGCAUCUUCAUGUUCCGCUGCACGAUCCCCAUGCUCCGCCUCACGACCACGCUGACGCUCCUCGGCCUCCCCGUCGUCGUCUCGCGCCUGCUCGCGUUCCACCAGCGCGUGCGCCCGCCCCCGCUGCUCGAGCCGCGCCCCGAGGCCCUCGCGGUCGCUUGUUUCCCCAUCGCGUGGUUCUUUGGCUUCCUGUAUUACACCGAGGUGCCCAGUCUCGUCGCGGUGCUCUGCACCGUCGUCGCGGCGUCGCAGAACAGGCACGGGCUCGCUGCGCUGCUAGGAGCCCUGAGCUGUCUCUUCCGCCAGACGAACAUCGUCUGGGUGCUCUACGCGUAUGCCGCGAGCCAGCUGAUGCGUCUCCGCUUCAAGCGCGCCAAGGACACGACGACGAAGCUCCACGACCCACCAGCCCUCGAGGCAGGCCCGCUCGAUCUUCUCCGCUCGGUAGCGAGCGCGCCGUACGUGCUGUCCGAGCUCGCGCGGCCGCUGGUGCCGUACACGUUUGUCCUUGCCCUCUUUGGGGCCUUCGUGUGGUGGAACGGGGGCAUCGUGCUGGGAGACAAGUCGAAUCAUGUGCCGGUGUUUCAUGUCCCCCAGCUGUUCUACUUUGUGGCUUUCUCCACGGUGAUGGGCUGGCCUGCUCUGGUGUUCGGCCAAGAGGGCGGUGGCGGGAUUGCGCUGGCUCGUGAGGUGGCCAGACGCAUGAGGACACUUGUCACCGGGCUUGUCUCGGUGCUGAUGGCGGUCGCAGUCCACAAGUUCACGAUUCACCACCCGUUCUUGCUAUCGGACAAUCGGCACUACACCUUCUACGUGUGGCGCAGGAUAUUCAUGCUCCAUCCCGUCGUGCCGUAUCUGUUCAUUCCUGGGUACCAGGUGUGUGCAUGGGCUUGGUGGUUACGAACUGCGCAAGAUCAGACGCUGCUGCAGACGUUGCUUUUACCUAUUCUGAUCGUGCCGACGCUUCUCCCGACGCCGUUGCUAGAGCCGCGGUAUUUCUUGAUACCGUAUUUCCUGAUGCGCGCGCAGGUGGUUGACAUGAGCACGGUUGGGGUGGCCGUGGAAGCGGUGUGGUAUGCGGCGGUCAAUGGAGCGACGAUGUUUGUGUUUUUGUACUGUGCACGGGAGGGCGUAGGGCGGUUCAUGUGGUGA